UAAGCAAUUCGCAGGGCGACGAUGCCGUCGUGGUCGUACGAGAAACACGACUGCGGUGUCGAAUCGGUGUGAACCUCCCGAGAAUGCAGCAGGCCAGUGUAGGUGGCUGCAACGAGGACUCCGACACGACGAGUCCCCCGGCGAGAUCGCCGGUUGAUUUCGCCAUCAAGAGCGAGCCCGGCAUAGACAGGAACGACGGUGUAAGGGUUAAAGUCGAGAUGCCCGAGCCCACGGAGGCCGGCGUCGAGAUCAAAGGUGAGCCCCGGGAGGAUUAUCAGCGGCAGCAGCUGAGCAACGACGGUUAUCACUACGGCGACAAGAAGCCGGGAUACGUUCUGGAGGCCCCCGGCCCCGGACAACCGCCACCGCCACCGCCACCGCUGACGCAUCAUCAGGGAUACCGUCCCGUCGGGCUGCCCAACUCUUUCGGCUUCCCUCCUUUUUACGGGCACCAUCAUCCGGCUAUGAUGCCGUCCUUUUCAACCGGACGCCCGUCGUCGGACGGCCCGAUCGGCAAGAUCGGCGACGUCCACGAGCAGCCGCACGUCGAUCGACAUGCGGCUGCCGCCGCCUACGGUAGAUUGCCACCGAUUCCCAACGACGGCUUCCUGCACGAGCCCCAUCAUCAUCACCGCUUCGACGCUGUCGACUUCCAGCACGGUGUACCGUACCCGGGCUUCCGGCCCGCCAUGCGUUCCUAUGGCAAUCAUCAACAGAACAACAGCGCUUACAGCAGAAGCAGCCACUAUCACCAGGCUAGACAGCGCAAGUGGAGCAGCUCCGCAUUUCGUGGUCUUCAUCCACCGAUGCCCUGGCCCACGUGGUUUUUCCGCCCAGAUCUUCCACUUGGCACGCCGUUACCGACGAGUCACGUUCCAAAUUCGAGUAACGUUCCUACUUCGUCGCCUCUGCCAUCUCGGACGCAUCUGGACGUUCCGAAAGGACCGGAGCCUCCUUCCAACAGCAGCAAAGUCCAUGGACAGACGCCAACGAUAUGCACAUCGAUCCGCUGCACGGUGAACGGCUGCUCUUGCGAUUCUUUCACACCCGGGAAACGUCAUCUGCGCUACUGCGAGAACUGUCAUCAUGGAUGGGUGCCUCACGCGCUGGCGCGACUGUCAAACAUCCACCACCAACAGCAGCAACAGCAGCAGCAACAGCAGCAGCAGCAGCAGCAGCAUGGUGGUGCGGGUAGUGGGGAUGUCGUCUCCGGCCCUCGUUCUACUGGUAGGGAGGAUAAAAGCGUCGUAGGGAGGGUAAAACACCCGGCAUCGGUGACGACGACGACGACGACGACGGCAGCGGCGGCGGCGGUGGCAACGACGACGACGACGGCGACGGCGACGACGACGAUGACGGCACCAGCGACUAGUAGUGCAGGAAGUGGAGGAGGAGGGGGUGGUGGCAGUGGUGGAGGUGACGGCGUCGGCGGCAGCGGCAGCGGAGGUGGCAGUAGUGGUGGUGGCAGUGACAGUGGUAGUGGUGGCAGCGGUACCCUCGGUGGGGAUCGUAACGGCGGCGGUGGUGGUGGAGGUGGUUGUAUCGGUGGUGGUGGCGAAGUCGCGGAGAAGGAGGAGAGGCCACCGGCUUCAGAGACUGUCGAGCCGACGGCCGCGUUUGACGUCGCAUCCCUCGUACUCUACGGCUCGCGCGCACUGCCGAUACGCCUUAAGAUCUUGCUCGAUCAGUUGUUCAACCAGUUGCCCCCCGCGCAAGUGACACGUAUCCUAGCUGCCUUCGGUUGGACCCACGAGGAUUACACGCGAGGAUACAUACUGCAGGACUCGCAGAACGGCCCGGUGCUGGACCGAUGGAGUAUCUGCUCGGCUGAGGAGGAACCGCUGGUCCUACAGCAGUUCCUCAGGUUCGCCGAGACGCGUCCGUUCGUGCAGCAGUUGCUGCUGGCCGCCGGAACGCCGGGUACGGAUGCUAUGUCACCAAGCAGACGACCUUCGCCACCGACGAUGCCACUAGCACAUCUACCACCCCCGUUGCAUAUGCUUCACUGCGGCCUACCGCCACCGGGUUCUCGGCUGCCGCAUCCGCUGCCACCGCCCCCGCCGCCGCCACCGCCAUCGUCGUCGUCGAUCUCGCAUCCCUCGAUGUCGCCGACGGCACAGAAGCACUACUCCUCGUCGACGAAUCCUACCGGCGGUGUUAGCAGAGCGAACUCGCCACCGCGUUCCUUAGACUCUCAUCUAACGGUGUCGCCGUUGAAUCGGCUGCAGAGCAUGCAGCCGUUCGACUUCCGAAAGCUGGGUACUCUCGGAUUGCCGGCAUUCCCGCCUUUACCGCCGCCGCCACCGUCCGCGGAGCAGCUCCUGCAAAAUCGCAAGUCCUCAAUGAGGAAUCCGCAGAGUCCCCACAGUCCACCUCAUCACCCAUCCGCGACGUCGCAGCUGCAAAGGCCGCAUAUGCCGGUCGCACCGAUCUCUUCCUCGGCGUUAACCUUCGGUCAUCCGCUCUCGGUCGCGGUCUCCUCCGGAGCGCUACCACCGAGCUUCCCAACGCACUUUCCGCCGCCACCGAUGGGUAAAUCACCCGGUUGCAUCGGUGGACUCACCGUGCCCGCGGACGUGCACAGCGGCGGUGAGAAGAGCAGUGAGUUCGGCUCGGAGGAGGACGAGGACGAUGAGGAAAACUCCGACAGCGCGUUGAAUCUUAGCAGACGGGACUCCGCUAUGUCGAAGCACGUGAUUUCCUGCGAGCAACGACAUCCACCGCCGUUGUCGCUCCAGGCGACGCCGUUGGGCAGGCCACCCGGCAUACCCGGCAGGAAGCCGCACUCUCCGGGUAAGCGACCGGGCAGCCAAUGGGGCGCCGCCGCCGCGAACAUGCCGCCGAAUCUUGGUACACCUUUCAUCAAUCCCACCACCGGCAAGAAGCGCGUGCAGUGCAACGUCUGCUUGAAGACCUUCUGCGAUAAGGGCGCCCUGAAGAUCCAUUUCAGCGCGGUGCACCUACGCGAGAUGCACCAGUGCACCGUCAAGGGUUGCAGCAUGAUGUUCAGUUCGCGUAGAUCGCGCAACCGACACAGCGCGAAUCCAAAUCCGAAACUGCACUCACCGCACCUGCGCCGCAAAAUCUCUCCGCACGACGGCCGCUCGUCCAUGGCGCAUGCCCUGGUGUUACCACCGCAGGUUGGACUCCCGGUUCCCGCUACUGGACUGAAUCAUCUACCGUUCGGCUCGUUUCCACUGCUCACGCCACCGCCAGACCUCCGUUCGCCGGCGUCGCUGUGCGCGCUGGACUUCAAGCAUCUGGAUCUGUCGUCCACGCAAGCGGGUCAGGGCAGACCUGGCUACGACGAGGCUGCGCUGCAGCAAAGAAUGGCGAGCACGGGUCUGUCAACGACCACGGCCUCGACGACGAUGCCAGUGCCGAUGUCGAGCGUCGGGGCGACCACGACUACAACGACGGCGCGAGGUUCGUAUGGUUCCGGUGGUGGCGCAUCCAUUAGCGCGGUCUCGCCGUCCACCCAGGCGUCAUCCAUGAUACCGGAAGGCGAGGAGGACGACGACGAUGACGAUGGUGGUAUCGUCGUGGUCGCGGAGGACGAAAGCAGUAAUCUGCCAUCGAGGUUACAACCGUUGCGUGCUAACGAAGAUGACGAGCAGCCGGCUGAUUUUAGUCUGGCGAAACGGCCGAAGCUCUACUUUGGCGACACCGCCGACGAAGACCUUGCCAGCAACGAUCCCGACAGCAACGAGGAUAACGAUUCGAUGCUGGGCACAGUUGACCAGCAACCUUUCUCCGUGAAUCGGCAUUCGCUCAACUCGAGUUCCUUCCACAGCCGAGGCGUGCGCAAAAGAAAAUCCCAGCAUCCCACGAGAUGCGCUGUGCCGGCGGAGGUGCAUUCCUCGUCUACCGACGGCGACUCCUCCAACGACGAGGAGCAGCGAAUUCAACAGCGGCGGUGUCUGUCGGACGGCAUUGCGCCGAUAGCAGAAUUUCAGAAUCAGCCGGAAGACAUGUCGAUGUCCAGGCUUGAGGCGGAGGAGCGAAAGAUACUUCCCAGCUCGCCGAGGAACCAAAAAAGCAUCUUUCAUGAUCGCGAAUCAGACUCGCGCUCUCCGGACACCGGCAAUAGAGAGCGUGAGGUAGCUACGACUAAUCGACGCGAUACUUUUUCCUCUCAAGACAACGCGGAGGAUCUACCUCAGGACGAGCCGCGUGAUUUGAGCUCGAGGGCGAGCUCGGUCAAGUCGCCGAAACGACAGAUCACUCCAGAACCAAAGACCGACAACAACGCGCCGCCGUCGUCGUCGAGCACGACAUCGAGCGGGGCAACCACGACAACGACGACAACGACGACAGCAACGGGGAAGGAUCCCGACGCGAUAUCGUCGGAGCAGAAAGAUCGACGAUUGAGCACGGAAAGCGAGGAAACGUCAACAAGGGUGAAAGAGGAGACGAUCGCGAAGAAAGAACCCGCCGAGGUGACGCAGGAGGAAGGAAGGCCGACGAACAACGAGGAGCACCAGGAGGACGAGGAGGACGACGAUGAUGAGCCCAUGGAGGAGGUCGAGGAGGAGGAGGAGGAUGAGGAGGAGGAGAUGGACGACGCGCUGCGCAAUCAAGAAGGUGAGCGUCCCGAUGAUCCCCCCCGUGCCCCGAGCUCGGUCGACAGCCGUCCAACGACAGCCGACGACCUCUCCCACGACUCCUCGACCAACACUUUGCGUCAACUCGAGUCCUUGUCGCAGGGUCGAUGCGCGAUGCCGCAGCGGGUGGCUUCGAGGUCUGGCCGCGGCUCUACCAGCCCUAUCAGCCUCACGGAGACCCACCAGGAGAUCACCAUGGACAACUCCUCACGUGGCUCUCGUUCUUCCAGCGCUUCACCCUCCACAGUGGCCAUGGAUACGGACAAUAGCCUGAUCACGUACGCGCGUUACGAGAACGGCGGCUUCGUCAGCACCCAGGAAGUGCCGCUCGACCGUGAGAAUCCGCGCCGUUGCACCGCCUGCGGCAAGGUCUUUCAGAAUCAUUUCGGUGUCAAGACCCACUAUCAGAACGUCCACCUCAAACUGAUGCACCGCUGCAGCGUGGACGGCUGUAAUGCGGCUUUUCCCUCGAAACGAUCUCGUGAUCGCCACUCGGCGAAUCUCAAUCUGCACCGGAAAUUGCUGUCAACCUCGUCGAGCCCGCCGCUCUCCUCCAGCCUGCCACCGAGCCUAUCGCCGCGUGUCGACGACCCGCAAAUGAACCCACUGCUACACAACGAGUUCCUGGCACGGCUCUAUGCGGACGCUAGUAUCGGCGCAUUGGGCGCGUACCCCUUAGCACCUGGACUGCCGUCCGCGGUCGAUCUAGCGGCUCGGAUACCGCCGCCGCAUCCGCUUCUGCUGCCGCCGCAUCUCGGCGCCACGUUCCCGGGUCUGACCUCGUUCGCGUCUCACUUGGCUGGCCUAAACGGCCUCACUCAUCAGCAUCUGAAUCACUUGACGCGGCUGACCCAGGAGCAGGGCAACAGGCACGCGUCUAUUUCGGGUUCGCCUGUAUCUUCACCAGGCUCGGACGAUCGCAAAGAGGAGGCUAGAUGCACUGUGCCCGGUUGCGAGCGCGUCUUCGGCUCCCGAGCCGUACGAGAUGCGCACUCGAGGGAUCCCCAGGCCCAUCGCGACCUGCCGAUCCUGUCCACCAGCAGCGGCUCGUGACCGAUCUCGUUCUGCGGCCGCGGACACGAUUAUUAUCCCUUACUGUGAUGCCAAAAUCCUAACUCGGCGACACGAUUCGGCCGAUCGGUCACCGACGAUCUCGUUUCUAAUUAGGAUCUCGGCAGAGACCUAGAAAGCGGUCCCUUCCCCACGAACAGGGCACGUUUCGUUGCCCUCUAAAACGUUCCAUUGAAAUAUGCGUAAAAAAACGUGCAAUAUCGAGCGGAGUGCGUGCGGAAUGAUCGACCAUCAACGUGACCGACGUGGAAAGCGGUCUCGUUGAUCAACGCCUGCCCAUGGAGUGAACGAGCCAGUUCCAAUGCGGUAAUAUCUGCCUGCCAGCCUUCUUCCCAUUUCUCAGAUUUAUACGUCAGAACGCAACACGCGAGUUUGUUGGGCUAAUCUAGUCAAUUUGAAAAUCUCGAUUUCGUGCGUUGUCAGAAACGACGGUAAAAGACACGCGCUGAAUCGUUGCCAGUUUAUUUCGCUCGAUUAAUCGAACUAAUACUGUGCAAAAUUCUGGGUAACGUGAUGUCAAAUUUUAAACAACAAAGUAACAAAGAUAAUUUCAAGCAAUCAAGAGAAAUUUACAAGACAUAUGAUAAAUCGAAUUUUGUAAAAAGGAUAAACGACUAUAGGUGUUGCAUAAAAUUUUUAUGUUUAGUUGAAACGUGUAUUUUUUUUUUGUAGCGAUACGCGGAUUAUAUCGCACAACACAUUCAAA